AGGACACUGUAGAAGUCCUCGGGGGUAGAACGGGAGGCAAGGUCCGUCCUGGAAAAGAAGUGGGUCAGGCUAAGCCGAAAAGCAAGUCCAGCACCAAAAGGAGAAGACUCGGGAACUGGAUGUAGAAAGAUAAGACCUUUCUGUCUGGAGCUUUCCGGACUCAAUUAGAUGUUGUCCCAAUGUGGUUACCCUGGUAACAGGCGUCGCGUUUUGUCAAGAAACCAAAGGAAGAGGCUUAAGAGGCCUAUUCAUCUCAAUCAUGGAGUCAUCCUCAAAGGGUCUGCUUACCCAGGUUACUCAGUUCUGGAACCUCUUAGAUGAUCUGGCUGAAAGUAACCCUGAGAGCUAUCAGAAGUUCAUUCAACAGCAGCUCAAGGAGGGGAAAGAGCUCUGUGCUGCCCCAGAACCACAGCUCUGUCUACAAACCAGGAUCCUGAAACCGAAAGAAAAAUUACUUUUUAUCAACCUAUGUCAGUGGAAAAGGAUCCCAGCUCCACAAUCAGCCACUCAUCCAGUACCUCUAAGUAUUGGCAGACCAGAAGAUACAUCUGAGACAUCAGAUGUUUACACAGUCAUCGAUGUUGCCUAUCAUCCUGAUGUUCUCCAGGCAGCAGAGAAAGACCAAGUGAAAAAAGAUCAACUGAUACGGAUGACCAUGAGAUGCAUUGAGGAACAAUUCCAGUUUACUCUCUCAAACUGUUACUAUAUUACCAAAUUUAGAAUAAAAGGAAGCAUUCAAAGAAUGAAACAAAAUCUGAUGGGAAUCCAAACCAAUCCCGCAGACUUAAGAGAGAAAAUGAGAAAUGAACUAACCCUUGAGAAGAUAAGAAGCAGUACUGUGAGCAACUCAGAUCAGUUUCCUCAACUUCUACUGCCAGAAAACCAAGUUUCAAGUAAAACAGCAUGUCUGAUAGAAGAGAUUUCUAGUACAGAGAUUGAAGUGGAGAUGAAGAGACCAGCCUAUGAAUUAAAAAUUGUGGCAGAUCAGAAUGAGAAACCUCUGAAAAUUGAAUUAAAAGUUGAAUUACCUGGUGUUAAUUCAGUAUCUCUCUGUGACCUUAGUGUUUCUGAGGAUGAUAUAUUGAUCGAGGUCUCUGAAAAGUACAGAUUAUAUCUAAACCUUCCAGAAUCUGUGGAUACUGAAAUGACUACAGCAAAAUUUAUCAAAGAGAAAGCCACUUUAAUUGUCACCAUGCCAUUGGUGUAAGUUAAAAGCAUCAAGUAUUUGGAGAUUUUUGUGAAAGUCAUGUGAAUUAGAGGGCCUCCAUUAUCUGUGAAGAGGUUUAUCUUAAAAACUUUUAAGUUUCAUUUUCUAGGAGUUUCUUUUGAUGGAAUGAGAUUUUCUCAUCAGCUGCUUUUUAAAAUUCUUUCUCCUCAAGUAAACUUGGCAUUAAGCAGAAACUACCAAAAAACAGUACUGCCGUGAUAUACUUGUUUUGAAGAUAUUUGUAAUGGCCUCAAGUAACUUAAAUACCAUUUGGGAAAAGUCUGUCUCCAGGUAUUAUAAUAUGUAAGAAUUCUUUGUUUACUAGUUGAAAACAUUUUUGUCUCUAAUAAAUUCUUGCAUCAGGAAUAAA